AGCAACAGCAUAGGAGAUUCAGCGAUCCGACCUGUCAUGGAGCCCCAGUGAAAAGAGCGAGCACUCCGGCCCGGGGGUGUACGAGGUGUGAUGGCGCUGUGCUUGGAGCCCUGUGUCUCAGGAGGAGAGUCCUCCAGCAGUGAGGCGGGUUCCAGCUGUCUUCAGUUUGGGGUUCGUUCCUAUCUGCACCACUUCUACGAGGAGUGCUCGUCGUCAACGUGGGAGAGAGACCCGGAGGAGCAGGGGUUCGUCCAGAGCCAGAGGUCAGCCCUGUGGUGGAACUCGGCAGUCUGGAAGGUGUCCUUGGCCCUGGGUCUCCUGAUCCUGACUGCUGGGAUUGCCAGCCUAUCAGUCGGUUACUCCACUCCCCAUAAAAUUGAGUCGUUCGGAGAGGGGGACCUGUUCUUCGUGGACACCCAAGCCGUCAGCUUCAACAGGGGGCUACACCUCAGCACUUCGGCCGGAAUCGGGCUAUUUUGUCUUGGCUCGGCCCUGGCGGUGAUGGGGGUUGUGGUUUGGAUCCUUCCCAGGGCCAACCUGAAAGAGAAGCUGUUUCACAAAUCGGGGGAAGGUGGACGGAGAGGAAGGUUAUUUAGGGAUCCCGGGGAUGUGGUCACGAAGCCGCCAGGUACAGAGGAGGGUAAGAUACCUGUCACACUGUCAAAAGUGGAAAAUGUGCAGCCCACUCCUUAAAACGAUCACUGCUGAGCUACAUAGUGUACAGCGUUUUGUUCUAGUCCUAGGGCCUCAUUUACUGGUCUUAGCGGUGUUGUUGAAGGAACAAUCAUUCCCCGGUUGGCAUCCUUUCCAGGACACCACCUAGAUACUCCAAGAAAACCAGGUACUCUGAACUGCUUUGUGGUGCAUACGCACAAACAACAGUCAGAGACCUCCUUGUAGCUAUUUGCAGCCGCAUAGAGGCAACCCUCUCAUUCCCUGGGGAGAGCUCCAACAUAGUGGCACUCAGCCGGAGGCUUGUGAGUGUCCCCACACCUGCCGGCAGUUUUAUGUGUGAGGAGUGAGAGAGACAGGUUCCUUUAAAACACCAAUCUGCCCUUCAAAGCACAACUUGAUCUGCAUAGAUCAUAGAUACUUUAUAAUCACUCCAAAUUAAAAUGUCUAAAUGAGGCCCCAGGACUUAGACCAGAGACUUUGUGGCUCUUUUAAACACCUCAUACUACAGGACAGGGAUAUAGUCGUUGACCGUAGACUGUGUUUGUGCAGUGCACUAGUGAUAUAUUUUAAAAAUUCAGUAAGUUAUGUCCACCUCAGCACUCAGAGAGUUGAAUCCUAAUGACUGAUGGUAGAAAAUAUGUUUUUACCCUCCACUUUAUAGUAUUUGCUGGAUUUUUUUAAAAGUAUUUUUUGGUAAAACUUUCUACGUACGCACGUCUAUGAUGCAUCAUGAAGGCAUUCAUAAUUGUUUAUGUAUGCAUUCAUAAACACAUAGUGCU